AUGCUAUGCAACUUCAACGGAGCUAUGCUGAUCAGGAUGCUCCCUCCUCUGCUGAUGAUGGAGUUCAUUUUGGGCCUCAUUGGAAACGGUCUGGCUCUGUUCAUCUUCUGCUUCCACCUGAGGCCGUGGAAGAGCAGCACGGUGCUGCUUUUCAACCUGGCAGUGACAGAUUUCAUGCUCAUUCUGGGUCUGCCUCUCCGUGCCAUCUACUACCUGGCUGAGAUAACGUGGAAGUUUGGUGGCAGCCUCUGUAACCUCUGCCUCUUCAUGUUGGCCAUGAAUCGCAGUGGGAGCGCCUUCUUCAUGAUGGCCAUUGCUGUGGACAGAUACAUGCGUGUGGUGCAUCCCCACCAUCCCAUCAACUCUCUGAGUGUGAGUAAAGCCAUGCUGGGAGCCCUUGGACUGUGGCUGGUCAUUAUCUCUUUGACUGUUCAUGUCUUCACUUUGCAGCACACCAACACAACCUACUGUGAAAGCUUCAUGGUCAGCACAGAGUCCAGAGGUAACCUGUCCUGGCAUAAGUUCACAUUCCUCUUUUCCUUUUACGUGCCUCUACUUGUGAUUCUUUACUGCACGUUCCACAUAAUUGGCCACCUGAGGAAGAGACAGCGGACUCAGGAGGCGAAGUUCAAGAAGGCUCUGUAUUUCAUCGUGAUUGUGGUGGUGCUGUUCAUAGUCUGCUUCCUCCCGAGCAACCUGACAAUGCUGCUCCUCUGGAUCCAGAUGCUCCAGGGAAUCAAGGACUGUGCCUCUGUGGAGCACAUCACUGUUGUAUUCUACAUCACUAUCAGUUUGACUUAUCUCAACAGCGUGCUGGACCCAGUGGUUUACUACUUCUCCAGCCCGGCCUUUAAGAACAUCUGCAGGAAAGCUCUGCAUCUGCCUGAAGCGGAGACGGUCGAGAGCACAGAGAAGAGAACUCGAGAAACGCCGACCCAGUCCAUCAGCCAGCUGUGA